UUUAAGUUUAUUUGUAAUUUCGCUUGACAGUGCUAGACGUCAGAAGGUGGUCAUCUCGUAGAGCUCCGAAAUUAGAAACCUGAUCAAGAAUUUCCAGGAUGGAUCAAAAGGUGGAAAGCAAGGGAAACUGUCUGUGGGAUUUGGAGCUGAUGUGUAGUGAGUCGAAGUCGACCAGCUUGAUUUUGGGCUUCCCGGACUAUAAUCCUCCACAGCAUCUGAUCGAUAAUAUCAAGGAUGCUGUUAGUGGCAAAGAUAUAUUGCUGAAUCAGUACUGCUCGAGGGGAAACGGUCACUUUCCGCUGUUGAAGGCCUUCUCAGAUCUCUACUCCCCACUGUUCAAUCAGACCUUGGACCCAGUCAAAAAUGUGGCUACAUCAGUAGGAGCGACAGGUGCACUAAUGAAGAUAUUCAGAACAUUUACAUCACCCGGGGACGAGGUCAUUGUAUUUGAGCCGUAUUUCUGUCCGUAUCAAGCUUAUGCAAAAGAAGCCGGAUCAAGUACAGUUUUUGUCCCACUGCGGCUGAAUCAAUCGCCAGAUGGCACGCCACCAACAAGUGCCGAUUUCACUUUCGACCCCGAGGAACUGGAGGCAGCAUUCACGGAGAAAACCAAGAUGCUGGUCUGUAACAGCCCGCACAAUCCAACAGGAAAGAUGUUUUCAAGAGAAGAAUUGACGAUUGUCGCCAACCUUUGCAAGAAACAUGAUGUGAUUUGUAUUGCUGACGAAGUCUAUGAGAUGUUCACGUAUUCUGACCAAGAGCAUAUCAGAAUGGCUACCCUCCCCGGCAUGUGGGAACGAACCAUCACCGUUGGUAGCGUAGGUAAACUGUUCGGCAUGACAGCCUGGGCGACAGGCUUCGUCAUCGGAGCGGAGCACCUGAUUGCGAAAUAUCUACAGCGAGUCCUCUACCCCAUGAACACAGCCUUACAGGAGGGGUACGCCCGUACCUAUCGUCAUGAAUUGAACCGCCUUGAUCAGCCCGACUGUUUCUUCAAAGUACUGCCGAAAAAAUUGAAGGCGAAGCGAGAUCACGUCAUGGCAAUCAUGUCGGGGAUUGGCCUGGAGCCAAUCGCCCCACAGGGCGGAUACUUCAUAUUCGCCGACGUUUCAAUGGUUGACGACAAGUACUGCCAGGGAUCUGGGGACAAGGCGUCCAACUUUGCUCUGUGGCUCUGCAAGGAGAAGGGCCUUGGGAUCGCGCCAGCCCGAGUGUUCUACAGCGCAAAGAACUCACACCUCGGAGAGAACUACGUCAGAAUCUGUUUCGUGAAGAGCGAGGCUACCCUAAACAUCGCUGAAGACCAGCUGAAAGGCCUAAAAGUCUCAAGCAAUGACUGCAUGAUCAGCAAUGGUUUUAAGAAUGGCGUUACCAAUGGCCAUCACAAUGGCCAUCACAAUGGUGGUGUCUAAAGGAAUGCUUGUCAGGUGUAUCAAUUUGAUUAUAUUUGUCUUAUGAAUAGGUUCAUCUUGAAUUUUUACGGAGUGCUUGCAAUGGCGUAGUUGACCAACCAAUCCGCUAGGUGGCGCAGUGAAUCGUGUACCCUUUCAGGGCUUAUAAAAGAGGUCAGUUUUUAUCCAAGAAAAAACAACAAAGGAGAUAAAACGACAACAGUCAUAACCAAUCGUGUCUCACGAUAUCCUGUCGCCGUCGCGACAUUAUAAGUUACUAAAUUAAUCAACUUUUGACUAAGAUAUUGGAACUACAGUAGAACCUCCCCUUGCGGACACCUCUGCCAGGCGGACACCUCCGCAUUACGGACAUGUUCGUUCAGUCCCGAUUUUUUUCUAAGUCAUUUGCUUUAACCAAAACCUCGGUAGGGCGGACACCUCUCUACUCCGAAUUGCGGACACGGCCAUGGUGACUUUUUGGUCCAAUCACCUUGCAAUUACGGACAGUAAACAAAAACAAUGGCUUCUUGAGCUGUUUGUCCCCUUGUGCUCUAAUGACAAGUAUUACUAUAAUGAUGUACGCUGUCUAUGUAAUAUGUAGCGUGCGAACACAACCUGCAUAUAUCAAUGUUCGCAAAUUAAUAUUACCUUCACUAGAAAUGCUAAUUAACUAAUUUCAAGUUCGCAUAUAAAUGGCAUCAAAUUAUUUGAAGUAGUUAAUAUUUAUACAACUAAAUGGAAUAUGUAAUAUGUAGGCUUCAUGACCCCCAUGUUCAUACACAUGAAUCCAUCUUUUGACAAACUAAAUGGAAUAUGGAAUAUCCAGGCUUCACGACUCCCGUGUUCAUAAACAUGACUACACCUUUUGGACAAUAAUGGCAUAACCUCCCUAUAAAGGACUCCCCUACAUUACGGACACCAACGCCCAGUCCCAUGGGUGUCCGCAUUAGAGAGGUUGUACUGUAGUUUCAAUCUGUGGUUCCCGUGAAGAAAAAACAAAAACAGUUCUGAAAAUUCUAGUUGGAAGUUUUUGUCAUUGCAGCAGCUCUGUAGAAAUUCUUGUUAGACCAAGCCUUUACACCCCUUCUAUUUCCUGAAUGGACUCAUCUAAUGUAUUUACUGCAUGAAAGUGGAAGAGUCUACACACGGAUAUGAGGGUAAAAGGGUAGGGUAAAGCAGCAUGCAUUAGUUGCCUUCAGUAUAGAUAUAAUAGUUUACCUAGGAAGAGGAGGAUAUGAUGUUCAAGGGACUGAGGGUUGAGAUGGGUUUCUCAUGAAAAAUUUACCAAAUGAUUAUGCAGAAGCUUUACUGAUGGAAGGACGGUCAAAAGUUCCCUGAAUCUGUGUUUUGUCAAUAAAGUUGGUACUGACAGACACACGUUGACUUUAUUGAAACAAUUUCAGGAUUUUCAAAAAGAAUAAUUAGAGCAAUAAAAAGCUUUACUGAAAAUUUCAUCCAUCGGACACUGUUGGGUACGCGAACAUCUACGCGAUAAUUAUCUUUUAUAUUUAAGUCUUGAUAGACCCUCAGUCCUGGUCUCGGUUUGGCUGAAACACCCCCUCUACAGGUUUUCAGUCAGACGUGCCGAAAUCGUCAAAAGAACAUUGAAUUUUUGCAAUAUGAGAUGGACGCGAUCACUGAUAAAGCAGGCUGAAAUACGCAAAAAAACUUCAGAAAACCCCAGUAUUUCAGUUGGCAUCAUAGUGAACGCAUUAAACAGAAUCUAACGGAACCAUGUCCUAUCAUCUUUGACUAGUACUUGUGCAAGUUUUGAUCAUGGAUAAUUCAAAUUUCAAACUUCCAGAUUCUGCUGCUGAGCAGUGCGAAACUGGUAGUAUUCUAUCUUCAUAUCUGCGCUCAUUCUAAUCUUUCUGUUGCUGUCACUGUAGCUUUUGCUGUAGCUGCUGAAAUCACGUCAUUGAAACUCUCAUGAAUACCUCCAGGGUACCCUAUCAAGGGGGUGUAUGGUAAAAAAAUUGUUUGGAAAGAUCCUUUCAAUGACCACAUAAUACCGUUACUUAAAAUAAUGCAGGACGCAAAAAAACUUCAGAAAACCCAAGCUCUGUAGUAUUGUUAAGAAACGGUACACCUUUUGACUGUCGAUUUAACGAGUUUCAUUAUUUGACGAGUUUUAGGAUGACAUCUAUUGGAUUUUAACAAAAUUUGGAUUGCACAUCUCCAUCUCUUGCCCUGCCGGAUGUUCUGAGGACGCAAAAAAACUUCAGAAAAACCUGUUCUUCAGCGCACCAGACAGAGCCGUUUCCGAAUUACCCAUGAUCCUUAGUUGUACUGGGGAAGUUACGCUAUUUUCAUCUUUGUAAAUGCUGGCGGGCACAAAAAAAAGUGUAAAAAUCCCCGCUUGCCAGCAUUUACUAAAAUUUAGAUGAUUGAUGGGGUUCCGCCCAUACUACAUGUAUAUUCAGAGUGUGGUAUUGUCCAUAAUUGAGGUGAUGUAAUGUUUGCUGCUCUGCUUCUUUAGAUUAUGACCUGAAGUCAUGAUAAGGCCAAAAUUUUUAUUUUUUUGGCUGAAAAAGUGGUUAAAAACUUCUUAUCUAAUCUCGACAUUCCGCAUUUAUGAUUUUCUUGUUUAAUGCCUGUUAAAAGUCACCGAUGAAGCAAUAAGUAACAAAAGCAAAUAAUUAUUUUGUUUGGCCUAAAUCCUGACAACUGACUGAAACUAUUAUCAAAUUGGUAUACAUUUUAACAAGCAGUCUCCCUGAAAUGCUGCUUCUAAGUAUUAAUGAGUUGUCACCAUAGCGAUGACCAAGUUGUCUGAUAUAAUAAAAGAUAACUAUAAGCAGCUUUCAGGGAUUUUUGGCCAGAGGUAGUUUUAUGAUUGUUUCUCUUUAUGAUUUUGAACUAUAAAUGAUUGUCUGCAGAGAUUGAUCUCAUGCAUGUUGUUAAAGGGGCAAUGAGUUCCGUCUGUUAAAGGAGAAACAAACUCAUUAGUUCAAUAUAUUUUUCAUCUUUACCCAUCAGGGGUUAAAUAAGCCAUUUCGAUCUGCGUCAAUCCAAGCAGGCCAGAAUGGCACAUAUUUUAACCCCCGAUUAGUGAAGAAUGAAAGUUUCUCUCCCUCGGUGCGAGAAUAAUAAAAGUGCAGAAUUUGCAGAAAAUAA